UUGUAAAGAGAGAAUAAUCAAUAAGAAAAUCCUAGAAAUUUCACAAAUCUCCCGGAUUAGGGUUUCUAGCGACAGGCCUUUCUUCGUUUCUACCUUCCGGGGAUAAAAAUCCUGCAAUCUCUUUGUUCUUGAGAUUGUUCAUGCUCGAGUGAGCGUGAGCUUUGCAGUAUUCUAAUUGGAGAAUACGAUUGAAAGAAAGGAGCUUUUUUUUAUUCUUAAUCAGGAAGAGUUUAAGAUGGAUGAGGGAGAUGGGAGAGAUCAGAUGGAUCAGUUCCAUCAAAACGAGGCGAUCUCUGCCGUCGCCGACGACGGUUUUAUGGCGGAGGAAGAAGACGACGAUUAUGAGGAUCUUUAUAACGACGUUAAUGUCGGAGAAGGAUUUCUUCAGUCUAUGAGAAAGAACGACGAAGCGGGAUCAAGAAACGAGGAGAAGGAGAAGGUCAAAACCGAGGACGAAGAUAGGGUUGAGCCAGUUUUAGCUACAUCGGAAGCUGAGGUCUCGAUACCUGGUUUGGUGGGUGAGAGCGUCGCUAUUAAAUCAGAAGCAGAAGCAGAAAGAGGAGGGGGAGCAAGUGGUACUGACGUGGUAGUGGCUUCUAGUGGAUAUGGAGCUCAAGAGCUUCAGGUAAGCGAUGUUAGUCAGCAGAUUCCUAGUGGAGUUGUUUCUGGAACUGGAGGCGGGCUUAGGGUUGAGCUAGGGAAAGCUGAUAAUCGAGAAAAUGAUGUUGAGGCUCCUAGAGGAAAUAACAUUUCUCAGGGUCUCUUGCCACCACCGCCUAUCUUGGGAAAUAACGAUAAUUUGGUGAGACCUUUGAUGGGUAAUGUUAACGGCGUGACCCCUCCUGGACCUGGUGGUAGCAUGGUCGGGAACGGAGCUAUGAUCCCAAUGCCUGGUGUUCCUACUAGCGGGGGAGGUGGGGGUGGUGGAGGCGGUGGAGCUUUUCUUUUCGUUGGGGAUUUGCAUUGGUGGACAACCGAUGCUGAACUCGAGGCAGAGUUGUGCAAGUAUGGUGCUGUGAAGGAAGUUAAGUUCUUCGAUGAGAAAGCUAGUGGGAAGUCGAAAGGGUAUUGUCAAGUGGAGUUCUAUGAUCCUAUGGCAGCUACGGCUUGCAAAGAUGGGAUGAAUGGGUAUGCCUUUAAUGGUAGGCCUUGUGUUGUUGAGUAUGCCUCUCCGUAUUCAGUUAAGAGAAUGGGAGAGGCACAGGUGAAUAGGAGCCAACAAGCGCAAUCUGUACUUGCACAAGCUAAGAGAGGAGGGCCUGCUGAUCCUCCGAGUAAACCCGUGGUGACCAACAACAAUAACAACAACAACAACAACGCCAUUGGCGGGAAUUUCCAAGGCGGGGAAAACAGAGGGUUUGGGAGAGGUAAUUGGGGUAGAGGCAAUGCUCAAGGAAUGGCUGGUAGAGGACCAGGUGGUCAAAUGAGGAAUAGGCCUGGUGGGAUGGGUGGAAGAGGUUUGAUGGGUAAUGGUGGAGGUGGUUUUGGUCAGGGAAUGGGUACAGGGCCUCCUAUGAAUAUGAUGCAUCCUCAAUCAAUGAUGGGGCAAGGGUUUGAUCAAGCUUUUGGUGGACCGAUGGCGAGAAUGGGAGGCUAUGGAGGAUUCCCUGGAGCUCCAGGUCCACCGUUUCCUGGGCUUUUGUCCUCAUUCCCUCCCGUAGGAGGAGUUGGUUUACCUGGAGUGGCACCUCACGUGAAUCCGGCGUUUUUUGGAAGAGGGAUGCCUAUGAAUGGAAUGGGAAUGAUGCCUAAUGCUGGUGUUGAUGGAGGGCAUAAUAUGGGAAUGUGGGAUCCUAAUAGUGGAGGAUGGGGUGGUGGUGAAGAUUUGGGUGGUGGGAGAGCUGCGGAGUCGAGUUAUGGGGAGGAAGCUGCAUCUGAUCAUCAGUAUGGAGAGGUUAAUCACGACAGAGGGGCGCGUCCGAAUCCUGUGAAGGAAAAAGAUAGAGCUUCAGAAAGGGAAUGGUCUGGUUCAUCUGAUAGAAGGAAUCGUGAGGAUAAAGAUGUUGGUUAUGAAAGGGACAUACCGAGGGAGAAAGAUGUUGGUCAUGGUUAUGAUUUGCCGGAGAGAAGGCAUCGUGAUGAUAGAGAAACCGGUCGUGAGCGUGAGAGGGAACAUCAUCAUAAGGAGCGUGAACGCUCCAGGGAUCGUGACAGAGAAAGGGACAGAGAGAGGGAUCGUCAUAGAGAAGAACGUGACAGAUAUGGUGGUGAUCAUCGUAGUAGACACAGGGACGAACCUGAGCAUGAUGAUGAAUGGAACAGAGGCCGAUCAUCCAGAGGACACAGCAAAUCUAGGUUGUCUCGGGAGGAUAAUCAUCGCUCAAGAUCAAGGGAUGCUGAUUAUGGGAAAAGAAGGCGGCUUACUACUGAAUAAAUAUCAGAUAAAACGUUAUGGGGUAGAUUGACUUUGAGAACUCCUGCUUAACUUUAAAGCCUUAUGGAAGAAGAAGAUCAAGAAAGAAGACCUCAGAUAAAGUCAGACUCUUGUCAGCGAAAGAAGUCUCACACUGGUGAAAACUCUUCUUCAACUCAGCUUAGUUACGUUAAAGUGGAAAGAAACUUGGCAGACCUUUGCCUUUUUAAGUUCUUAGAAACCUUACCUUUUACCAUUUUUAUGUGAAACUUCUAAGACCAGUGUGUUAUGGUGAUGUUAUGGCCCUUUGGGUUUCCAUCCAUUUGUGUUUAGAUGUUCUUGUUUUAACUGUUUCUGAAUUUGUUGUUAUAUAGUUGUAUUAGUUGCAGCCAAAUAGUUAGCCUGGCCAGUGUUACUGAUCUUGAUUCUCCAUGUUUUAGCCAUUUGGGUUGUAUUGUAUGUAUGUAUUCCUUGUAUUGUAUAAUUCCUUCAUCUGCC